AUGAUGAGAGAACAAUGGAUAAGAACCUACGAGUUGAGAAUCACUCACGAAGCCUUGAGAAAGUGCAAGCAAUACCACAGAGAGGACUCCCAGAAGAACUGUAGACCCUUGAUAUUGAAGUACAUGAAGAUGAUCGAAACCUAUCCUUUGCAGGGUUAUUUGGGUUACCAAAAGAACGACCCUUCCAAGUAG